GUUUGAUUGAGAUUGGGGGUUACAUUCAUUCAUUGGUGAAAACAUGAAGGGAGCUGCGCUUGUGGCUUUUGUUGCUACAAUUGGUAACUUUCUGCAAGGAUGGGACAAUGCUACAAUUGAUGGGGCUAUUGUUUACAUCACGGACGAUUUUGAUUUAGGUAGCUCGGUAGAAGGUCUUGUUGUGGCCAUGUCACUCAUCGGGGCAACAGUUAUUACAACAUGCUCAGGAGCCAUAUCAGAUUGGCUUGGUCAGAGGCCAAUGUUAAUAGCAUCAUCAGUUCUUUAUUUUGUGAGUGGCUUGGUGAUGUUGUGGUCACCCAAUGUGUAUGUACUAUGUCUUGCAAGGCUAUUAGAUGGAUUUGGAAUUGGUUUAGCGGUUACUCUUGUCCCAGUCUACAUAUCCGAGACCGCCCCAUCAGAUAUUAGGGGAUUGUUGAAUACUCUUCCACAGUUCCUUAGUUCAGGAGGCAUGUUUUUGUCAUAUUGUAUGGUUUUCGGGAUGUCACUGUUGGCCUCGCCAAGCGGGAGACUGAUGCUUGGGAUUCUUUCCAUUCUCUCUCUUAUAUAUUUUGUAUUAACCAUGUUUUACUUACCUGAAUCUCCUCGAUGGCUUGUGAGUAAGGGUAGGAUGCUCGAGGAAAAGAAGGUUCUCCAGAGCUUGCGUGGCACUGAAGAUGUUUCUGGUUUGUUGCUUAUUCUCUGGUUUGCUCGUAUUUUGUAUAUGUAUAGUGAUCUAUGUUUUAUAAUGCAUAGUGCCAUAAUUUAGCAUGGACUCGCGCACUGACUUGUCAUACUACACGUCAUAUAUAAAUGCAAUAUGUUCGACAAAAAGCUACGUAGCUUCU